AUGAAUAACAGCAUCGAGCGAUUAGAGAAGGAGAUCGAGGAGAGUGUACCGUACUUUGCAAGCGACGAGACGUCGUCAGUCCGCAAGGAGGUUCCUGAGCUCUCUGCGCAGUCCUGCGAGGUCAAGCCGUGGGUCCAUUUUGUUGCUGGAGGCUUAGGAGGCAUGUGUGGUGCAGUAUUCACCUCUCCCUUCGAUGUUGUCAAGACCAGACUGCAAUCCAGCGUUUAUCGCGACGCUUACAAGAGUGGGCUGCGCAACGGUGGCAUGUUGAGCGGCGCAGCGCUGCAUUUCAAGGAAACACUAAUGAUUUUACGCAACGUCUACACGGUCGAAGGACCUAGAGCGCUAUUCAAAGGACUGGGGCCGAAUCUCGUGGGCGUGAUACCCGCUCGGUCGAUUAAUUUCUUCACGUACGGCUACUCGAAAGACCUAAUAAAGAACUCGGUUGCGUUCAAAGGCGAGGAGAGCUCGCUAGUGCAUCUUCUUGCCGGCAUCAGCGCCGGCUUUGUGACCAGCACGGCCACCAACCCGAUCUGGCUCGUCAAGACCCGUCUACAGCUUGACCGCGCCACUACAAAGACGUACAAAAACUCGUUUGACUGUCUGGUGAAGAUUGUCAAGCACGAGGGAGUCUUUGCUCUGUACAGAGGAUUGACGGCGUCGUAUUUGGGCUCUGCAGAAAGCACGCUCCAAUGGGUGCUGUACGAGCAAAUGAAGUCGGUUAUUCAUCGCCGGUCCGAAAGGUUGCAGAACGAGGGCAGGAAACCGAGUGAGAUGAUGGACUGGUUUGCACGGUCCGGGUCUGCUGGUGUGGCCAAAUUUGUGGCCAGUCUGAUCACGUAUCCGCACGAGGUCGUCAGGACGCGGCUCAGACAGGCACCGUCGCAGGACGGCAGGCCAAAAUACACCGGUCUGAUCCAAUGCUUUAAACUGGUCAUUAAAGAAGAAGGUUUGGCGUCGAUGUACGGUGGUCUGACGCCGCAUUUGAUGCGGACGGUGCCAAACAGCAUGAUUAUGUUUGGCACCUGGGAGCUGUUUACCAGCAUUUUGUCUAAACUUUAA